GAGGACUGGGAUCCCCUCCAUCACCCCAUGUCACACGUGACUUAAUGCACUAUAUAUAGAGAGAGUCGAAAGGCACAAAUUAUCCGAUUCCAAGCGUUCCGAGACGGUGGCUGCAAGGUUCAAAGAAGCUCUCUUGAGGUGGCAAUUUUCGUAAAGAUGGACAAAGCAACGCAAGAUAACCGCACAAACCAGUGUAAUCCGACCCACGCACCUACCGGGCCAGGACACAGAGCUGGGUACGGGGGUACUGGUACCAAGGCUGACCUUGACAAUCACGGCCAACAGCUUAACCCAAAUAAUCCCAGGUUCCAGAGCAAGAAGUGACGGCACUAGGCGGCAGCAGCAAGCCGGAAUGAUUCACGCACAUCUUUUCUCAAAUAGCGUUCUAAAAAUGUAACUCUGUACUAAAGUGGGUUAAAUGUUGAACCCUCUAUCAGAUCCGAGAAAGUGUUUCUUCAAUUUCAUGCUAUUUAAAUUCUGUGAUAAGUUUGAAAAAGAGCCAUAUUUUUAAUUCGUGUACUCAGCACCAAACCAGUUAGAGAAGGGGAAAAAAACUGACUGAAUGCUACCAACAGAGGUUCAAUGGUUAGUAAAAAGUUUUAUAAAUUGUGUUGUAAAAAUAAAUUUGGAAUAUUUCACCCGUCAGAUUUCGGAGAACUUCGAAUACCUGGCAAAAUGAAUUUAUAUUCAUUUCAUCCAUGAGAAUGGCUUGAAAAUACAAAAUAUUACCCCAGUUUUUAAAAUAAGUAAAAUAUAUACGUGAGUUGUUGGGUCAAUUGCUGCUGUUUAUGUAAUAUUACAAAAAUAAAACUGCCCCCGUAUGAAACGAC